CUUCACUCGGGGCGCUUGGUUGCGUGGAAACCGGCGGCUAUUUGGGGGGGGUUUUGGAGGGAUUUCGUGUUCCAUUUUGUACUUGUGUCGUUUAAUUCUCCAUUGCAUCUCUGAAUAUUGUCACGUAGAGGUCCAUGAGAUCGCCUCUGCAAAGUCCAACUAGCAAAUCACCCUCGCAUCACCGUUUCAUCAGUUCUUUGCCUUGGAUUUGCUGUCUCUCAGAGUGAAUUCUCAUCCUCCUCUGAAUCCAGUUCUGAAUUGGUCCUCAAAAUCGCCUUAAUCUCGGUUUUGGCGUUGCUUCAUGUGCCGUGUGUGUUAGUUCCUCUUGCUACAAAAGUACAAAUGCGAUUUGCUACAUAGAAACCACCCCAAUUUGGUGCAUCGACGACCAGCAAGUCAUCAGCUUAGUUCCGUGGCGUCUUCAAACAUUCAGGCAUCCUCUUUUUCCUGGAACAAAAAAAAAAAUCACCGUGGAACAGGGUGCAAUUUACAUCCAUUCUGUCGGCGUCAGAUGGUUAUUACCGGCAACUAGUAAUCGCCAUCUGACUUGCUAAUUUCCACACUCCGGUGGAGACGAUUGGCCCGACGGCCGCGUUAGGUGCUGGUUCCUUUCGGAAGGAUAGGGUCGCGACUCGCGAGUAAUAGUGACACUCAUUGUUUCGUUUCUUCAAAUUGGGGGCUGACUUCUUCCUUGACUUGGCUAAAGCUUCCGUGCAGCUGAAGCCUGAAAUAUCUUAGUUUGGUGGUUUCACAUUUUGAUGUCUCCCUAUCUUUACAGUACUAACCUGAUUGAAUUUGAAUAUGGUAAAUGGUUAGGUAGCUAGAAAACGUGGCAUCAAUGUGUUUCCACAUUGUUAGCGCUUUCCUCUCAAGUGACCCAAUUGUCAGCUCUAAACACGCAAAUUGUUGUUUACAAUAUAAUUGCCAUAAACUGCUUCUAGGUUUCCUGCUUUUUUCUGUGGGCACAUCUGCAACCGAAUUGGUAAAGAUGGGUUGCUGCUUUGGAAAGAAAGCUGAACAAGCCGUUCAAGGCGAUGGUGAUGUACAUAGCGUGAAAGUCUUUUCUUACAGUGAGUUGAGAAAGGCUACACAAGAUUUCAGUGGCGCAAAUAAGAUCGGCGAGGGUGGUUUUGGUUCCGUCUUCAGGGGAGUGCUUAAAGAUGAGACAGUAGUUGCAGUGAAAGUUCUAUCUGCUACUUCAAGGCAAGGCAUCCGGGAGUUUUUGACUGAACUUACAGCAAUAUCUGACAUUAAGCAUGAAAACCUCGUCACUCUUAUCGGUUGCUGCGCGGAAGGCUCUCACAGAAUCCUUAUUUACAAUUACCUUGAGAACAACAGCCUUUCACAGACAUUGCUAGGAACCAGAUAUAGUAACAUUCGGUUCAACUGGCGGGCACGUGUCAAAAUUGCUGUGGGUGUCGCCCGUGGACUUGCAUUUCUCCAUGAGGAAAUCCGGCCUCCCAUUAUCCACCGGGACAUAAAGGCGAGCAACAUUCUUCUUGACAAGGAUCUCACCCCAAAAAUUUCUGAUUUUGGGUUGGCGAGGCUCCUACCACCCAAUGCAACUCAUGUGAGCACCCGAGUUGCAGGCACAUUAGGGUACUUGGCUCCUGAAUAUGCAAUCCGAGGUCAAGUGACAAAGAAGUCCGACAUCUAUAGUUAUGGAGUUCUUCUUUUAGAAAUUGUUAGUGGCAGAUGCAACACCAAUACAAGAUUACCUUCCGAAGAUCAAUUUCUUCUUGAGAGGACAUGGGGCCUCUAUGAGGAAGAACGUUUGGAAGAGAUCAUCGAUAUCGACGUCGGUGAUGACCUGGAUGUCGAGGAGGCAUGCCGUUUCAUGAAGAUAGGCCUGCUAUGCACACAGGACGCGAUGGCGCGUCGUCCCAACAUGACCAAUGUCGUCCGGAUGCUCACAGGGGAGAAGAGAAUCAACGUAGACAAGAUCACUAGGCCCGCCAUGAUCACCGACUUUGCGGAUCUCAAGGUCAGCAACAAGGGGCAAAGAUCAAGCGAGACACGCUCUCCCGCGACGACUGCACCCACAACGUUCACCACUACAGAACCAUUCUCAUCGUCAGAAACGCCCACGCAGUCAUCCAUGUGAAAUUCUGAACGUCAGAAGCGUCCUUUUUUUCUCUCCCUCAGUUUGUAUAUUGUGUGAAUUGUGAUAGAAGGGUCAGGUUACAUGCAAUUUUUGAUGAGUUUCUUGUUUGAUUUGUUAUGAGGAAAGAUCUCAUAGGCAGCUUAUUGCUUCUUUGUAUGCUGUAAAUAUUUCGAAACGAAGAUGAUAAGCUUUGUGCCAUUCGCAUUCUGGGACUACCAUGUUGGAAUGCUGCAACUUUAAUUGUUA